AAUUCUCAGGCAAUGUUUAUUACACGAAAAGUGGGAAAAAAGUUCUUAUCGACAUGUAAAAACCGAGUAGAAUAGACAAAAUGUUAGAUUCAAGAUAUUUGAUAUAGAUUACAUAUUUCGUCAUACCACACAUAUUUGAAAAAUGAUACAGGCCUAUCUAUACUGCCUCUACAGUUUGCUUCUUCGAUUUUUUAGAAUAGGUGUGGCGUUUUAAUAUAACUGACCAAUUCUAAAGGCGCAAGCGUUGUCAAGUAAACUUCGAAUUUUCAACAAAAUUUUUUUUGUAAAUUCAACCAUUACCAAAUUAAUAAUUACUUUUCUCUGUACCCAGAAUUUAGAGCGUGAAUCAAUCCACCCUUAUUGAUUUGUAGCACUAUAAUAUGAGCAGCGAGAGUAUCUCGGUAUCAUGUCCUUCCACAAAUAGCAAAAUAAAUAUACCUGUAUACAGGAACUUCAUUUCAGCGUCUGAACUGAAGAAAUUAAAGCUCAAAGAUGGGAGUGGCCUAGGUUCAUAUGAUCCUGGAUAUGUCAAUACGGCCUGUUGCACGUCGGCCAUAAGUCAUAUUGAUGGAGAGAAGGGAAAAUUGACAUAUCGUGGAUACGCAAUUGAAGAACUCGUAGAAAAAUCAACAUUCGUUGAAGUCUCCUAUCUUUUGAUUUACGGUAAACUGCCAGAAAAGAUGCAACUAGAACUAUGGAUGAAGGGACUCGCCAAACAUUCAUUUAUUCACAACAAUUUGGGAACUUUGAUGAGUCAAUUUCGCCACAAUGCACAUCCGUGCGGCAUGCUAAUUUCUAGCAUGGCGGCAUUAGGUACGUUUUACCCAGAAGCCAAUCCAGCACUAGAAGGCUUGGAUCUGUUUACUAGUUCCAGUAAAGCUAGAGACCGUCAAAUUUUGCGUAUUUUGGGCAAGGUUCCUACAAUUGCUGCGCAAGCGUAUCGCCACCGUAUAGGUCGUCCCUAUAACAUGCCUAUGAAACAUAAUUCUCUGCAUCCAUUAAACUACACGGAAAACUUUUUUUAUAUGCUAGAUCAUCUUACAGAGAACCAUUAUCAGCCCCAUCCUACGCUUGUCAAAGCCCUGGAUAAAAUCUGGAUUAUCCAUGCUGAGCAUGGACUAAACUGUUCUACGGCCACGCUUCGCCAGCUUACUUCGACAGGUGUCGACCCCUACUCUGCUGUUGCUGGAUCUGCUGUCGCCCUAUAUGGAAGUCUUCACGGUGGCGCUAACGAGGCAGUUCUAAGGAUGCUGGAGUCUAUCAAGUCAAUUGAGAACAUUCCAAAGUUUAUACAAAAUGUCAAAGAAAAAAAAGCCAAAAUAUUCGGUUUCGGGCAUCGUGUCUACAAAACAUAUGAUCCACGUGCAAAUAUCCUUAAGAAAGUCGCAUAUGAAGUCUUUGAAGUAACGGGAACGUCUCCUUUGCUCAAACUUGCAUUGGAGCUAGAGAGGCUGGCUCUUAGCGACGACUAUUUUAUCGAGCGACAUCUCUAUCCAAAUGUUGACUUUUACUCUGGGCUGAUUUAUUCAGCGAUGCAACUCCCCACAGACAUGUUUCCAGUGAUGUUUACAAUCGCCAGAACAGCGGGCUGGCUUGCCCACUGGGUAGAAUGCCUAAAUGACAAGGAGUCUAAAAUUUAUCGGCCGCGGCAAAUAUACGUAGGUGAAAGGAAUCUAAAGUACAUUCCCUUGGCUGACAGGCAGCCAUCUGAAGGUACAUUGAAGGCUAUUGAAUCCGGAUUUGAAAGAAGGCGAGACCUGGGAAUCAGUUGGAUUGAUCCCAGACUUAUUGCCAAACUUUAGACAAUCUUAUCUAGCCUAAUUUUCAUGUUAGAAUUUCUUUUUAUUUUGUGUAGUACAAAGCAAAUUGAUCCGUUAAAUUUGUUUCAUUCAUUUC